ACGCGAUUUCUUCCUAUCCACAAUAUUAUCCCACUCCCCUCUUCGUCCGAAAACCCUCCAGUCCAGUAUCCGUCGUUCCCCCUCGCCAUCGUCCCGCGCCCCGUCCAUGGCCACCGCCACGCUCCCUCUCCGCCUCCUCCCCUCGAGAACCCCACUCCUCCACACCGCCGCCUUCCUCCCUGCGAGCACUUCUCUCUCCGUCACCGCGUCCGCGCCCCGCAACUGGCGCAUCUUCGCCGCCGCCGAGGAGGCGCCCGCUCCGGUGGAAGCCGAGGCGGAGGAGGUGGUAGAGGAUGCCGCGGUUCCGGAGCCUGUUGAGGUGCAGCUGGCUGCUGCUGGCGCGGGGAAGGACGCCGACAUCUUCGCCGUUGUCAUGAUUGGGUCCAGACAAUACAUUGUGAUGCCAGGUCGGUACAUAUACACACAGAGGCUGAAAGACGCCAAUGUCAAUGAUCAGAUCAUUUUGAACAAGGUACUACUGGUGUCAACUAGAGACAAAGCUUAUAUUGGCAUGCCAGUGGUGACCAAUGCUGCUGUUCAUGCAAUUGUUGAAGAACAGGGACUGGACGAUAAAGUGAUUGUUUUCAAGUUCAAGAAGAAGAAGAAGUACCAGAGGAAAGCUGGUCACAGACAGCCAAAUACGAGGUUAAGAAUUACUGGCAUAAGUGGAUAUGAGGAAUUCCCUGCUGAUCCAAUACUUCAAGUUCCAGCUUAAGUGUAAUUGUAAGUUGUUUAGUUACAAAUGCUUGGUAGUACAUUAGAGUGCAAGAGCAUUUUCCCCACUGUUCCCCAAGUGAGGCUCUUCCCCAAGUUAAUGUACUCGAAAUGCUGCCAUUCGUCGAGUGGUUGGUUCCAUCCUUUUGUUUAUUCCGCCAGCUCUUGUGUUCCUUUGAAAUCCAAUUGUAUUAUCUUGAUUGUGCAGAAAGACAGGGGAAAGCAUUUAAUUACAAUGUGGACAUGUUAGCUUUGGAUUGUGCAA